AUGCUCUCGCUUUUUGCUCGCCAUAUCGCGUCUCAUCUUCCCGUGCUGCGCACCAAUGUCUUAUCUUCGUCGGUGUUGACCGCGUCCGCAUUCGUUGCGACGCGUCGUACAUUCUUCACUACGCGCCGUAUCCAGCUGCCGGUCGCUGCAUCCAGAAGCGCUUCAACCCCAGCGAAGAAAACCACGAAGAAAACCACAAAGAAAACGACAGCCACAAAAGCUGCUCCAAAGAAGGCGAAAGCCACCAAGGAAGCGAAGUCAAAACCUAAGUCAAAAGCAAUAUCCAAGAAGGCGGUCGAGCGGCCCCCACCCAAGAGGGUGCCCAAGUCUGAGCAGCCUCCUUCGCGUCCCCCUAACGGCUAUCUACUUUUUUUCUCGAGGCUCGUCCAAGACCCCGCAACUAUGUGGAAUGGCUUUACUCUUGCGGAGAAACAGCCUUACUACAACGAGGUCGAAGUCUUGAAGAAGCAGUAUGAAGAGAAGCUAGAUGAAUAUUGGAAGAGUGCCUCUCCUAAAACGCUCAGGGAAAUAAACGCGCGCCGUAAACAUGACGGGAGAAACAAGAUUCACCGACCUCAUCAAGAGAAUCACUAUAAGCGCCCUAAGGGGCCUUUCUUUAGAUUCAUAGAACAUUUCCGUCAAUCAGAUGAUGGCAGAGCUAUCCAAGAAGCUGGAGUCACUGCCACAGGUAGAGGAGCUGUCAAUGUUGCUCGUGAGGCCGGUGUACGGUGGAGGGCAAUGAGUCCCUCUGACAAGGCCCCCUAUGUGGAAGCUUACCAGAAAGAACAUACUGACUGGCAAGCAAACCACCCCAGUAAGAGUGCAUCAUCGUAG